GGAUUGACGUCCGCAUGUCGCGGCCUCGAGCUCCGGUAUUGGGGUAUCCCCUUAGGGGGUUGUUUUUUGGGGUUGGGUUUUUUUGGGGGGGGGAUCCCUGGCUAUAAAGCUGUUCAGGAAUAAACACCUCGCCCACGAGGGCUGGCUCAGCGUUAGUUACGCUCGGAACAACUUUGGGACGGCGGUGACCGUGAGGCGGUUUUGGGCAUCCCAUAACCCUCUGCCCUAGGUAAGCCGCGUUGCACCGAAGCCUCUUACGGCCGCGGAGGUGUAAAGGGGUGUGGGAUGCGAGGGCACGCAUCCUGCGCUCGGGCGGGGGGGGGGGAUGCUGAGGAAGACGACGCAAUGCCCAUCACCCCCCCCUCCCCCGCCCCAGCGUGCUUUCCCUGGCAAACGCUACCUCAGAUCUGCAACGAUUAAGUUACGGCUGUUAACGAGCGGAGCGGCAGCUUGGGUGGAAGUUGGAGGGGGGACGCGCGUCGUGUCGACGUCUGUGUCUAGAGAGCGAAACGUUCCCCUCCGCUCUGGAACAAGGACUCAUCCUUUAUUUCCUAGCGCCUGACCGCAGCAAUGAGACGCUUAGAUUUGCUUAAAAAGAACAAAAAACCCCGAUACUGAGAAUUACGGUCUCCCGGGACAUCCCGUAGCUCUGGAUAUUUGCGUCCCACCCUGGCUCUUGGCUCCCGUGUGACGGCGUCGGUACCAGACCCCGCGCGGGUGCCCUCGUGCAACGUCUCCGCUAGCGCCUUUUCUCUCCUUUUCCUCUUUCCUCUCUUUUUUUUUUUUUUUCCUUUUCCCUCACCCUUUCCAGCAGUUAAACGCUCUCGCCCAGGGUCGCCGUGCUCUUCCCACAGCCAGCUUUAACCCCGUGGCCGCCAGCGGCGACAGCAGCGUGCGGUCGCCCACGACGCUCGCCGGUGCCCCGUGCCGUGGUCCUGCAGCCUCCGCCGAGCCCAUGGCCUCCCGGGUGGGGAUUUUUUUUUUUUUUUUUUUUCUGGCAAAGAUGCUGGUUUUUCCGUAUAUACGUUUCUAAAAUAACUCCGGUCGGGCCGUGGAAGGCAGCGUGCUUUUCGAAAAUAGCAGCGUCGUUACUUUUAAUCGAAUAAAGGCUGAGCAGCGCGGCGCUGCGGGGAGCGAUUGCGGCCGUUGCUCGCCUCUGUGCUUGACAUCCCUAAUUACGUUUUCGUUUUAAUGAGAAGAAAACUAUUUGCGAAGCAAAAUAUUUAUUUUAGCCUGGUGGGUUUGUUCAGAAGAGCUCGUAUCUAUGUUAAGGAGGUGGUUUAGACAGUGCGGGUUUGGUUUUUUGUUUUUUUGUUUUUUUUUUUUUAAUGAGAAAAAACCAUUUGAAUACGGCGAGAAGCUUUUUGGUCGCGGGAGCCUGCCUGCACAAAGGGAGCCAGCAGCUGCAGAGGGCAGGCCGGGAAUUUGCAUCCUCCUUAUUCCUCUUAUUUUGAAGAGGUCUGAAAGUUGCCUCGCCUUCCGCUUUGGUGGACGCCUUUCUGACGGCGGCCGGAACGAGAACGAAUGCAAAUUCGCCUCGGAGUCUCUCAACCCUUCGGUUUUACGCCUGCCUCUUCUCUCCUUUCCCAAAAUCGCCUUGAAAAUACCUGAGCUUCGCAGACUGCCCCGCGGGCUUCCCCGGGAGAUGCCGAGGAGCUGGGAUGGGUUUCCAACAGGUCGGAGGUUUGCCGUCCCUACGAAGGGGCGCGCUUUGGGUCGGCAGGACCGGCUUGUAACGCUGCUCGGCCAAGGGUGGUCCUCGCCGGGCGUUCGGGUACCCGGCGCCGAGGGGCGUCCGCGGCGGUGGCGGAGGGGGUUCCCCAAGCAGAGGGCUGGGCGUCUCUUGCGCGUUGGCUGUGGGUUGUAGCUCUUGGAGGAGUUUCGUAGCCAAACGGUUGAGGUCGUAGUGACCAGCAACAAGCCAGAUUUGAAAGAGGGGGGAUCGACCUGCUGGAAAAUGUAUUUGCGCUUAUUAAGCGUGAUGCAUACGUUGCAGUACGUAUGGCGAAAUGGUCUUUGGUGCUUCACCCUUGCGGGGCUUUCGGUCCGAUUUGCUCUUAAAAGUUGCUCGGAUGGGAUGUCCCGGAGGUGAUGGGCUGGGGACAACUGCCGGGUUUCGUGGGUGGCUUUGGUGGCAUCGCGCACGGGGCGCUGUGGAUGCUGAACGGAGAGCUUGCUCCUUGCAAAAAAAAAAAAAAAAAAAAAAGGGGGGGGGGGCAAAAAACCCCACAAAACGAGUCCCCCGUCGUUUCCCGUGGGACGUGAACGCUGGCAUCAGAGCUCGCUCCCUGUCCCCGUGCGAGCCGAGAGCCGAGGACGCUUCCCUUUUGUUGCCGGAGCUGCAUCCGCUCGCUUCUUGAACAAUCCCUGCGUUGAGCCUGCCGGGCGGCCGGCGUUGGCGCACAGGGCCAGCAUUGUUAGAGGAUGUCGAAAGCACCGACCUUGGCCGGGACAGGGACCACGCGGACCUCUCGGUGCUGGCACGGGGCAAGAACCUGCCACCUGCCGUGGACGUGACCGGGAAGCAAACCCUUGGGAGGAGCAGCGGGAGGGUCUGGUUUCUCUCCCUAAAGGACCCGAAGAGGGUUUAUUUUGGGUGCCGAGAGGUAGUCAUUCCCAACUGGCGUAUCAUCAACGGGCUGCUGGGGAAGCGUAACGCUCUCGUUACCGAUAGAAGAAAACGAAUUGCAGGUCCCAAGGCUAAACGUUCCUGCGUGCUCCCGCGCGAGUAGCUGCUGCUGCGCUGCCUGGACGAGACGUCGCUUCAGACCCGUCGGCGGGAAGGCGGUGCGGAUCGCAUCCCAUCUCCCCUUCGCCGGCGACGGCUCGGCUGCUGCGCCGCCCGCACGUGCGGGUGAUGGAUGUGAGAGCGACUUUGUAGCCUCAACCCGGUGACACCAGGGUCCUCGUAGCCGACUUUGCUCGCCGAGAGGCCAUGGCUGCCUAGUGUCCCCCUCCCCCGGGGUCGGCGGGCCGGAGAUGGCGGCGCAGAGGAUCCGGGCGGCCAACUCGGGCGGCCUGCCGCGCUGCAAGUCGGAGGGGACGCUCAUCGACCUCGGCGAGGGCUUCGCUGAGACCAGCCUCUGCGACGUCAAAGUGCCUUCUCCUAGUGCCUUGCUGGUUGACAAUCCCAUGUCCUUUGGAAACGCGAAGGAAGUCAUAGCAAUCAAAGAUUACUGUCCGACUAAUUUCACCACCUUGAAGUUCUCCAAGGGGGACCACCUUUAUGUCUUAGACACGUCGGGAGGUGAGUGGUGGUAUGCUCACAACACCACGGAAAUGGGUUACAUCCCGUCCUCCUACGUCCAGCCUGUAAACUACCGCAACUCUUCCUUAACGGACAGCGGGAUGAUAGACAAUCUACUGGAGAGCCCUGACGAGGGGGUCAAGGAGUUAGACCUGCUCGGAGAAUGGACAGACGUGAAAAGAAACUCUGUGAAAACCUACAACAACAACCCCUUCUUGAACGGAGUCCAGACGAACCCGUUUCUGAACGGGAAUUUGCAAACAUUGCCCAGCUCGGACAAAGAGUCCAACUCCAACGUCGCCGUUGACUUGCUGCUCUUUGACACGGGGGCUCCUACUUCAGCUGUUUCCAGUUCAGCCGCUAAUAGCAGCUUGGGUAACAUUUUUGAUGAGUUUCCAUCCACGAACAGGCUGGACCUGGAACAGCCUGUGAAAAGGGACAAUCCCUUCUUCAGAAGUAAACGCUCCUACAGUUUGUCUGAACUGUCCGUUCUUCAGGCCAAGUCAGACGCUCCGGCAUCGUCGGGUUUCUUCAGCGGUUUGAAGUCUCCAACCCCUGAGCAGUUCCAGAGCCGGGAAGAUUUUAGGACGGCAUGGCUGAACCACAGGAAGCUGGCUCGGUCUUGCCAUGACUUGGAUUUGCUUGGUCAAAAUCCUGGCUGGGGUCAGACGCAACCGGUGGAGACCAACAUUGUCUGCAAGCUGGAUAGCUCUGGUGGAGCCGUUCAGCUUCCAGACACCAACAUCAGCAUCCGUGUGCCAGAGGGACACGUGUGCCCUGGGGAAACUCAGCAGAUCUCCAUGAAAGCGAUGCUGGAUCCACCGCUGGAGCUGAACAGUGACAAGUGCAGCACCAUCAGCCCGGUCCUGCAGAUCAAACUCAGCAAUAUGGAGGUGAAAACCUUCAUCGUUCUGGAGAUGAAAGUGUCGGCAGAGGUCAAGAAUGACAUCAUGAGCAAGAGUUUGGUAGGACUGCAGUGCCUGCGGAGCGACAUGAAAGAGGGGCCGUACACGCCGAUGCAGCUGAGCUAUUCGUAUGGGGACACGAUCCAGGUGCAGCUGGAGAACCUGGAGCCUUGCAUGUACAUCGCGGCCGUAGCCCAGGGGCAGAACAUCCUCUACCCUUACACCGUUUGGGAUUACAUCAGCAAGAAGAUCACGGUUGGCGUCUACGGCCCAAAACACAUUCACCCUUCCUUUAAAACAGUCGUGGCCAUGUUCGGGCACGAAUGCGCGCCCAAGACUCUCCUGGUGAACGAGGUCACAAGACAGUCCCACAGCCCGGCUCCCGUCGCCCUCCAGCUCUGGGGUAAGCAUCAGUUUGCUCUGUCCCGGCCUCAGGACCUCAAGCUCUGCAUGUUCUCCAACAUGACCAACUAUGAGGUGAAAGCUAGCGAGCAAGCCAAAAUUGUGCGGGGCUUCCAGAUGAAGCUUGGCAAGGUCAGCCGCCUUAUCUUCCCCAUUGCGUCCCACGAUCCCAACGAGCUCUCGGACUUCACGCUAAGGAUACAGGUCAAGGAUGACAAGGACGCUAUUUUGACCCAAUUCUGCGUUCAGACGCCGCAGCCGCCUCCGAAAAGUGCCAUCAAACCGACGGGGCAGAGGCGGUUCCUCAAGAAGAACGAGGUUGGAAAGAUCAUCCUUUCACCUCUGGCUGCCACCGCCAAGUAUCCAGUUUUUCAAGACCGGCCGGUAUUGAGCUUGAAGUACGGCAAGCUGCUGAAGACGGUGGUGAGGCAAAGCAAGAACCACUAUUUGCUGGAGUACAAGAAAGGAGACGUCAUCGCCCUCCUCAGUGAGGAGAAGAUCAGGUUAAAAGGGCAGCUGUGGACCAAGGAGUGGUAUAUUGGCUACUACCAGGGAAAAAUAGGCCUUGUGCACACCAAAAACGUGUUGGUGGUUGGGAAGGUCAAGUCCAGCUACUUCUCUGGGCCGGAUCUCACCACCAGCCUGUUGCUCGAGCAGAUCCUGAGGCCCUGCAAGUUUCUGACCUACAUCUACGCCUCCGUGAGGACUCUGCUCAUGGAGAACCUCAGCAGCUGGCGGUCCUUUGCCGAUGCGCUGGGGUACUUGAACUUGCCGCUCACGUUUUUCUGCCGAGCGGAGUUGGACAGCGAGCCGGAGCGAGUGGCCUCCGUCUUGGAGAAGCUGAAGGAAGAUUGCAACAACACCGAGAACAAGGAGAGGAAAUCUUUCCAGAAGGAGCUGAUGACGGCCCUGCUGAAAAUGGACUGCCAGGGGCUGGUCGUCCGGCUCAUCCAGGACUUCGUGCUGCUGACCACAGCCGUGGAGGUGGCCCAGCGCUGGAGGGAGCUCGCCGAGAAGCUCGCCAAGGUCUCCAAGCAGCAGAUGGAUGCUUACGAGGCCCCGCACCGGGAUAAGACGGGGGCGGUGGACAGCGAGGCCAUGUGGAAGCCAGCGUAUGAUUUCCUUCUCACCUGGAGCAGCCAGAUGGGCGACAGCUACCGCGACGUCAUCCAGGAGCUGCACACCGGGCUGGACAAGAUGAAGAACCCCAUCACCAAACGUUGGAAGCAUCUCACCGGCACCCUCAUCCUCGUCAACUCCUUGGACAUGCUGCGGGCAGCUGCCUUCAGCCCACAAGACCAUGAGGAUUUUGCCAUCUAACUUCUGGUUUUGUCCACGUCUUGUUCGCUGGUUUUUUGGGGGUUUUUUGUUGUUUUUUUUUCCUCUCUCUGCUUUUUUCCCCCCCUUUUUUUAAAGCAGUUGACUCUAAAAGAAGUGGAGGUCGUUCUCCCUGGGUUUUAAGAGGCCAAAGUUUGCAAGUUCUCCACCGGGACUAGAAAUCAGCAGGAGAUGGGAAGGCAUCCAGAGGGGGGAUGGCUUUUCAUACGGCAUCGACACCAGUUAAACUAUUUCUUAUUAAAAAAAAACUUUAAAGGGGGCAAGGGGGCGGGGAGGGACCACAAAAGAGAUCACAUUUUUUUUUAGGCAUUUACAAAUAAAAGUCUAAUUUUUGUAAUGAGCAGUAAAGGUUGUAACCACUUUGGGGGCAAGCUGUGGCUGGUUUUUACGUUGUAGGAACCGCUUUUAAAUUAUCGUUUUUGAGACGACCGCGAGUCAUGUAAAUAAGUAUUUGAAGAGGAAGCACAGUAAAUGCCGUCCCCCACCGCCACGGCCAGGCUUUGGCACACUCCCAGACUGUAAAGCACCGUAUGAACUCGGGAUGUCCUCAGCCCAACAAGCAUCUUACACCAAAAAGGAGCUGAUUUUUGAUUUUAUUUUUUUAUUUUUUAUUUUUUUUUUCCCUUGGCCCUUUGACCCGUUCGGUUGAUUCUUAUUUUAUUUCCACGUCUCUGCAAAACGUGCGGCUUCUCAUUUGCGGACAGGGAGAUGCUCGCUGCCUUUUUUUCAGAUGCACGGGUACCGUUUUUUUUUGAGAACCAGGAGAAGCGGCUGCCGCCUUUCGCGCUUCAUCCCGCCCGGGCGCUGCAGGACAUUUCUGGAAGAAGCUGGAGGAGGUUUGGGCUUCAGCAGAGAUCUCCCCAGGGAGAUAAACCGAACAGGGCUCGGGCUGCUCCUCUCCGCUCCAGAUGCUCCUGCUCUGGGGAAGAAGCCAGAAAAAGGGAGGGAAUUGUUGCCAUCCGUAUAUCCCUUUAUACACACCUGAAAAAAAAAAAAAAAGAAAAAAAAGAAAGAAAAAAAAAGAGAGAAAAAAAAGAAAAAAAAGGAAAGAAAAAAAAAGAGAGAAAAAAAAGAAAAAAAAGGAAAGAAAAAAAAAAGAAGGAAAAGAGAAAAUAUUUCUCCUAAUUUGAAAUCGGAGCUCACCGGAGAUGCUCCGGCUGUGCUACACGACGUAACGUCUCAGAGGGCUUUUCAAGGCUCCCGAAGUCCGGUUGAACUUGUAAAUAGUCUUUGCUUAUAAACCUGGUGCCAUCGAGCUAAAGAUUUGCAGCACCAAGUGCCCGUAUUUUGCCCUGUUUGUUUUAUAGCCAAAUCUUUUGAAUGAGCUCCCCUCCUCCUUCCGCUCCCCGGCUUUCAGAUAUUUUACAUGGGAGGGAAAUAUUUUUGCACAGAAAGAUUAUUUUAAAAGUGCAAAGUCUCUUUAUAGUGAAACGCUGCUACCACAGAAAGGUUAGUUGUUACAGGAUGAUUUUUCUUUCAGGUUAAUCCAAAAAAAAAAAAAAAAUAUAACAAUGGGAAAGGCAUCCGGCAGAUCGUGCCGGCACGGUGGCCUCGGGAGGGAACGGUCCUUUCCUCUUCCCACUCUUCCCAAAAUCACGUCCCCAGAAACGGUCGUUGGACCCCCGCAAGAAGUAAAAAUAGCACCUUAAUUUCUCCUCAGGGGCUUUAAGGAGUUUCCUAUGCAACUCAACGCAGCACAGAGAGGGGUCCGCCAGCAGCCGAGCCCGCUACGCGUCCCCCUUCUCUUUCCCGAAGAGCACGUUUCUCCGUGCGCGAGCAAAAAAAAAAAAAAUAAAUCUCCGCUGCGAUGAGGAACGCCUCCCGCGGGAGCGCGCGUGCGGCACAGGGACGGCUUUUUCCUGGGGUUUUACCCAAAUCUUGGCUUUCGCCGUUCUCCUGGCAAGGGCCGGAGCUCUGCAGAACGGCUGCGCUGGGGACGCCCCGCGGCGAGGGCAGGAGUUUGAGCCUCCUGUGUUUCAGGGAUGUCCCUGAGUAAUUUUGGCUUGGCGGGUUUUAUUUUUUUUUUUUUAAAUUUUUUUUUUUUACCCCCCCCACCUUGUUUUUUCUAUCUACCUCAGGUACUCCGUACGCCCAGCGUUAACAUUUCAGCGGCAGCCUAAAUUAAAUGCCGCUCUCAGCUCAUCGGCAGCCCGCGCCCUCCCUGAGACCCGCCGGAGCGCGGCCGGCACGUUUCGGGGGCCCGCGGGGUGACGGCUGCGUUAAUUCGUCCCUGUCCUCGGUCCGAAAUCCAGUCCCUGCUCACGUGCCGGGACUGGGUGCGUGUCCUUCGGAUGCCUUCCGCCCACUAAACGUCAGGUUUUCCGAAAGCUCCAUCUGGGCUUUGCGUUAUCACCCUCCGUGCAGUAACUCGUUGUUGUACUUACCGUUUAAUGUUCCUUUUUUUUUUUUUUUUAAAAAAAAGAAAAGAAUUUUGGAAAAAAAAUAAAUAUUACGAUUAAAGCUGUUACUUUUCAGUG